AUGCUCGGGAUCUCAUAUGGAGAACUCUUCCUCCUCUUAGGAGCUGCGGCUGCUCUAAUCGGUCCAAAGGAUCUUCCUGUUAUAGCUAGAACAGCUGGGAGAUUAGCUGGGCGAGCAAUCGGAUAUGUUCAGGUGGCGCGUGGCCAAUUCGAAAGCGUUAUGCAGCAAUCUCAAGCUCGCCAGGUUCAUAAAGAACUGCAAGACACGAUGGCCCAAUUAGAAGCCAUACGACAUGAAAUUCGGUCCAUUUCGUUCAUGAAUCCUGGUCCUUUGACGACAAGGCUAGUCGAUAACAUUGCUGGACAACCUCCCGUAGCGAAUGUGGAUAAUGGAUCUUCAAAACCUCCUGAAGAUCUUGCAGAGAAUAUUCAGAUCAAAGAGACCAGUCGCAUGGCCGAGCAAAUUUCACGCUUUCCUAAGGAUCACAGUUUACCGAGCCCGGUACUGUCCGAUAUACAUAGCCAAGCCACAGCGUACGAAAGAUUGGCUGCUGAAUCCCCAUUAGGUGGAAAGUCCAUGGAUGAAGUUCUUAAUGAGCUGAAGGAUGAAUCCGGUCAGUUUGUUGUUCUUCCUAUAUCAGCUGAAAGUGCGAAAUUGUUGCCCAGUAAAAAAGGUGAGCUGAGGGGUUCGGACAUAUUGUUGGAAGCGGUAGUUGAGGAAGAUGUGGCAAGGAAUGCAAAGGGCUUUUUCUCUCAGGCUCAAGACCAAGUAACGAAUUGA